AUGUAUUUGGUGAAUGGUACCUCGGCAACAAAUGGAACAAACAUCCUGCACUGCCUAUCCACCUACAACUUUGGAAAUGUGUUCCUGAGCAUUUUCACCAUCACCGUGAUGCUUGUGGGCCUGCCGGGAAACAUUGUAGCCCUAUGGAUUUUCUGUUUCCGCAUGAAAUGUUGGAAACCCAACACUGUCUUCCUCUUUAACCUGGUUCUGGCUGACUUCUUCCUUCUCAUCAGCGUGCCCUUCCGCAUCGACCUCUAUCUCCAAGACAACUACUGGAGGUUCGGACCGGUCUGGUGCCGCAUCAACCUCUUCAUGCUGGCUGUCAAUCGCUCUGCCAGUAUUGGAUUCAUGACAGUUGUGGCACUGGACCGCUACUUUAAAGUGGUCCAUCCGCUUCACUGGAUCAGCCGUAUGACUUUAACCCAGGCGGGUUGGCUCACAGGCCUGAUCUGGAUGGCUGUGGUCGCCCUUCGGAUUCCGCUGUUGGCCACCAACCUCCAUUACCAGGAUGAAAAUGUCUCACUGUGUCGCAGCUUCAACUCCUAUGAGGUAAUCCCACCGACAAUAGUGGUACACUACGUGGCCUUCGUUCUAGAGUUCUUCCUGCCCUGGUUUAUGUUGCUGUUCUGCUCAGCCCGGAUUGUCUGCAUCCUGCGCCAACGUGGGAUGGACAAGAAGAAGAACGUACGGAGGGCGAUCCGAGCCGUAGGGGUGAUCAGUUCAGUGUUCACCAUCUGUUUCAUGCCAAAUAUAGUCACAGGUUUGGGUGCGGUGUACAUCAAGUAUUUCUACCCCAAUGAUUGCUUGUACUACACACUAUUAACUGAGAUCUUUAUGGUGUGCAUCGGUUUUACCUACCUCAACAGUGCUUUGGACCCUCUCAUCUACGUUUUCUCUAGCGCCAUGUAUCGUGAUGCCCUCAUGGCCGCCAUCAGCCAACUGGGCUUUGUGAGGAAGUAUGUCAGAGCAGCCGGCAACCGAGAAACAAAAUAA